CUCCGCCACGCCCUGCACGUCCCAGUCCACGGCCUACGGCCCAACUGUGACAAAUUCCGAUCUACGGAGCCGAUGAGUUGCGGACGAGCGUCGGUGUUGUCAGUGGCCAGCUUCACUACCUACAGUUGUGUGUGCUCCCAGGAUGCACAUCGGAAUCUGUCAUCGGCUGCAGCCCUGAGGACUUACAGCUCUUUCUAUUCGUACGCUAUACCACCCACGUAAGCCCUUCGAGUAUCCGUGUAUACUCCCCCACCCUCCCGGGAUGUACCAUUUACCUACGCAGCAAUUGAUCAAUUAUGGCAGUGUUCCAUCCUCCUGUUCGGCAUGCGUGUGUUCACGUACCGCGUUACAAACCUAUCAUGGCACCUGGAUAGGAACGUCACUCGGAAUAAGGUACGAGUCGAUAAGAACCCGAUACGUCAAUUCCGCCGGGCCCUGGUCCCCGUCUGUUCUGGCCAACAUCCACUGAACCCAAUCCUAGAGGAGCCUCAGUCAAAAAGUUGCAGGGCCUCGUCGGCGAUCCGUCCGUCUUGCAGCUUUCAGAUCUGCUACAAUGCGGUAACGGCCACAACCAUGCAUCGCCCUGAUGGGUAUUGCCCCCCCUUGCAAAUCAACAAGGCGCGUUGUGCUCUCCACGACGGGUUCCCCGCUUGUGUGUUUCGCUUCAUCGCGGAGGGGGGGAGGGACGACACGCCCAAGAAGCUGCGAGAUUGGUCGGCGCGACACCAUCACGAGACAACCUCAUACUCCCGAGAGCCCAGCGGGCAACUGAACCGCCAAAUCGGGGCAGAGCCGAGGAGCGCGGGAACGGGCACCCUGCCAUCAUACCCCCUUGCUGCGUUGUCGACAUUGUCAUCGUUCCAGUCAUCCCCGUUGUCCUCGACGCCGUUUGGGUUGCUAGAAACAGAAGUAGGGUACCUCUUGAACCACAAGUCCCUUUCAAUCUUGUCCGGUGUCACAAACGGCUCCAUAUUUUAGACGCUUUCCUGCUCUUCGGCACUCUAUUUUGGGGGGGGGGUAAAUAGAAAAGCAUGAACUUUUCUCCAACAUGAGUCGGGACCAAGGAAUGGCGAACGUGAACGGUCCUGGCGGGCGGGCGGGCUGCAAAAGGUGAAAAUCCAUAUAUACUCGGCCAUAAAGUGCGACAAGAGGGCGCCACGUCAGACGAACGAGACUCAAAGGCC